UGUGCUCAGUAGAGUGGAAAACCAGAAAGAUUUAUUGAACAGUGCCAAGGACCCCACAACAGAGCUAGCCAGAACACCCACAACAAAACAGAACCAACACUGCAACAGCAGCAGCUGGAGCCCCCAGUUCACCAGAUGAAAUGGUGGUGCAAAUUGAAUUACAACAGCUGAGCAGCCUCAGCACCUCAUCCCUGCACACUCCUAGAUCCCAAUUAACCGGGGUGGAGGCAACCUCAGGAAUAAGCCCAACACCUACAUGUUCUUAGUCCUUUGCGUGCCUAGGGCAGAGACCCUUUUGUCUUAUAGUCACUGUGCCUCCCAGGAGUAGAUAAGAAUCAAUCAUUUAUUAGCAAUUAGCACUUAGAAGCUCAGCCCCUGGGCUGGAAUUAGUUUCUGUUGAACCUAGUUUGCUAAACCAAGGAAGAAGCAAAGUGAAUUUUACCUUCCUUGAACCAGAGAAAACCUGUCUUCCUCUGUGGUUGACAUUUGAGCAGUGUAAGUUCUAAUUACAGGAGCUUAUCUACAGGGCCUCAGAAAAGCCUGUGCCUCAGUCAUUCAACAAACAUUUAGCAAAUCCAGCACUGUGCUAGGUUGAGAGCACAGGCUUUGGAUCAGUACACCAGAUUUCAAAUCCUGGCACCACCACUGCAGUUGAGUGGUUUGGGUUAGGGUUACUGAAGACGAUGAUGAUCAUGUAAUGAGCACCUAAGCUGAACUGGACACUGUGCUGAGCACUUUCCAGCCAUUCUCUCACUCAAUGAGUCCAGGACUAGCGCGAGGCGGCUCCUGGCAAUUGGGCUGUUCCGGGCCGGCGGCAAUAGGGAGCUUGAUGCGUGUCCGCCGUGCGCAGGCCGAUGCCGCCGGCAGAAAAGAGCAAGGGACCACCGGUCCUGGCGCCCGCGGAACGCGCCCGGGGCCGGGGGCCGGGCCUGCAGUCGCCUGCGCUGUGCUGCGCCUGCGGUCUGUGCGCGCUGCUGGCUGGCCUGAACGUGACGCUGGCGGGCGCCUUCGCCUCCUUCCUGCCCGGGCACAACCCGCUGCUCGUGGUGGGGCCGGGGCUGCUGGUGCUAGCGCUCGGCUUCUUCGCGGCCUGCUGCGUGUGUAGCCGCCGGGGCCCCGCGCCCGGCGCGCGCUCGGCGGCCGCGGUGGGCCCUGGCCAGGGGGGCGGCCGCGCCGGGCCCGUGGCGCUAGAGAUGGAGAGCAGCGAGCGCACAGCACAGGACACCACAGCAGUGCAGCUGAGCCCUGCAGUCUCAGCCGCGUCCUCCGGCCGCUCCAGCCCCGGCCCCAGCACCCUCGCCUUGGAGGCCCCGGCGCCCGUGGCCGUCUGCGCGCUGCGCUCGGAAGGGGUCCAGCUCAACCCGCCCCAGGAGCGGGCCGCCCCCUAG